CCCGCGCCCGCGCCCGGCUCCGCCCGCCGCCCGCUCGCCCCGCGCCGCCGCCCAUGGUGCUGCCCGGCCCGCCCGGCAUGGCCCGCUCCGAGGAGGUGCACCGCCUCACCGAGAAUGUCUACAAGACAAUCAUGGAGCAGUUCAACCCCAGCCUCAGGAAUUUCAUUUCUAUGGGGAAGACCUAUGAAAAAGCCUUAGCAAGCAUGACCUACGCAGCCAAGGGGUACUUUGAUGCUCUGGUGAAGAUGGGAGAGUUGGCCAGCGAAAGCCAAGGAUCAAAAGAAUUGGGGGACGUGCUCUUCCAGAUGGCAGAGGUGCACAGGCAGAUCCAGAACCAGCUGGAGGAGAUGCUCAAGUCCUUCCACAACGAGCUCCUGACGCAGCUGGAGCAGAAGGUGGAGCUGGACUCCCGCUACCUGAGUGCUGCGCUGAAGAAAUACCAGACGGAGCAGAGGAGCAAGGGGGACUCCCUGGACAAGUGCCAGGCUGAGCUGAAGAAGCUGCGCAAGAAGAGCCAGGGCAGCAAGAACCCCCAGAAGUACUCGGACAAGGAGCUGCAGUACAUCGAAGCCAUCAGCAACAAGCAAGGGGAGCUGGAAAACUACGUCUCCGAUGGCUACAAGACAGCUCUGACGGAAGAGAGGAGACGGUUCUGCUUCCUGGUGGAGAAGCAGUGCGCGGUGGCCAAGAGCGCCAUCACCUACCACGCCAAGGUGAGUGGGACCCGCUGGCCUGGCUGCCCCGGCACUGGGUGGAUGCCCCCGGCUCAACCUGCACCCCACAGAACAGCCUGAGAUCCCAAAAGCCACAGGUGGUGCAGCCCCUGCAGCUCGGGGACCGAGGGGGUGGCAUGAUGGACCGGCAGGUGACUCCAGGGAAGAUGCCCCAGCAGGAGCAGCUGCUCCAAAUCCCUCUUUCCCAUGGCAACUCCACAUCUCUCCUGCCCGUGGCUGCCCCCUGGAGCAGGGCUGGAGCUGCCCCCUGCCCGCCCGGGAAGCUGCAGCACCUGCCUGGGUGUGGAGCAGAAUCCACCCAGACGAGGGCUGCUGCUGCUCCCGCAGCCUGGUGCUCCCGUUCUGGUUGUUCCCCAGCACCGCCCUCCGUGGCUCACAGCAGCCAUCUGUCACCGCCACGCUUGGCAUGGAGCAGGAGAGGGAGCUGGGAUUAGUCAGCUCUGUCCUGCCACAUCCACAGCUCGGAUCCACGCUCGGCUUGGCGAGCGGAGUGCAGGAGGGGAAAGGCACCUCCCGGGGCUGGUGGUCAGCAGGAAGGAACCGAAACCUUGCCGCGGCAGCACACGCAGGCUGAUUUUGCAGGAGGGACUUUGCUGGUGGCUUGUCCAGAGCACGGUGUGUGUCCUGCUCAAAACUCCAUCCCGCUGCUGCCCGUGGCUCCUGCAGGAUGCUCCACAGGAUCCUGAGGCUGGACCCGCUGGCUGGUGUUGGGGAAAUAUGCAGGGACCUUGAAAUCGGAUUUAGAGAGGGAUUUUGAUAAGCAAAACCACAUUUUGUCUCCAGAUGAGGCAGAGCAGAGACAUCGGGUCACCCUUGGGAGUGACCUCGAGGGGGCUGGGACAUCUUCCCCCUCUGAGUCACACAAGGGGAUGCUCGUACAUGAUGUGAUGAUUCUCGGUGUAGGAUAAGGACAAGUUUGGCUCCAUCUGUUUCCCCCUUGGAGCACGGUAGCAGGUGGCUGCCAGUCCUGCAGGCAGGGAGCAGUGGGGCUUGGACGCAGCACUGGGGCCUGGGGGCCGUUGGGGCUGAGCAGCUCAUCCCUGGGGACGUGGGGACAGCCCCGAGCACGGGCUGUGCCCUGCCAAGCUUUCAGCCUGGCUUUAUUUCUCUGCUCCACAUGGGGCCCAGCUCCCUGCAGCCUGGAGAUGCUGCACACGGGAUGUCUUGGAAUAAACUGGGGAGAUAGAUUACCUUUCCCUUCCCUCAUUCCCAUUUUUCAUGAUAGCUGCCUGGAAGCAGGAUGUCCCUGGGUGUUAUCUCACCUGUGCCAUGCACAGAGCCAUCGAUCA